AUGACCAAUAGUGGGCGGUUCCCGGAGGGCACGCCUCUUCCAGCUGCCCUCCGGGUGUGUCGGCGUCCUUGCCGACUUUUCCUUGUUCCCGACUUUCCUUUGUAACUGACGCGGUCGAGCCGUCGUCCCCCUGUUGCAGCCACGGAGUCCGACGUCAUUUUCAGAAUGCACGAGCUCGAUUUCGUACGUCGGCGCUACCACCAUCAUCGAAGAAGUUCGUUCUAGAGACUCUUCUCAUUUUUUUUCCUUUGUGUAGUGUAUCCUUGAUUUUUUGGUUUGGUAAUUUUUUCAAAUGUUUCGCCAGGCAUGCGACUUAAUUUUUGAGCUAUACAGAGAUUUACAAAAAAAUGUCAUUUUUCUACUCUGAGAGUUUUCUGAAACUUCACAAAAAACUUUUUGAGACGUAUUUUCCGGAAAUACAAAUAUGAAAAAAAUUUUAGUUUUUAGAAAGGACAGUAUAAUGUCUUAUUGUCUAAACCUUUCCACAGACUUUUUCGAAAGGAAAAACGAUUUGCGAAAAAAAAAGGCGUAAUAUGUUCAUUCUGCUCAUCGAAGUAAGUUUUGGCAGAGUUCUGGAAAACUCCGAAGCCUAUAGUGAACAACUUUUUUGAGCUCCGCAGUGUUAAGAUUCCCGUAGAAACUUUGGCAGAGAAAUUAAUGCAUCUGUCGAAGUCAGGCGGAAGUAAUAAAUGUAUCCGCUUGCGCUGUUAACCUUCCGCAAUUAGCGGAAUGAGAAAAGGGGAUAGAUUGGCUUCAAAACGGACUCGAGGAAGUUGCUUCCAAUGGUUUGUUGCAGCGAACGAGACGACGUGCGCCCUCGGAGGCGUUUCCGGAGACUUCGGCUGGUAUUCCCUGCAGUCGGCCAUCACCGUUCUCAACGUCUGCGCCAUCACCUUCAACGUAUUUUUCAUCUUCGUCUGCAAGGUACUGAUUUUUCAGCGAAGAGUUGACAAAAAUUAAGAAGAACGCUACAAUAAUUGAAAAAGGUCCAGGAUAACGGAAUUUCCUCAAAUUUGAACGGCGUAAAGGUCUUAGAGAAAGAGAUAUUUUUCAGAGAGGCAUUUUUUCAUGACACCUUCAAAGCAUGAUUAUUGACGAAAGAUAUUUUGUUUCACCUCAGCUCAGCUCAGUUCUUUUCUGUUCUGCAUCUUUCUGCGCGCCUUUUAAUAUUCUUGAGAUUGAAUAUUUCAAUAAUAAAUUAUCGUUUCCGACAAGGAAGGUCGUCUACUUUUCGAUUGGAAUUUUUUCAGAAGUUAGUCAGACAUUCUCUAGACGAAGAAGAAUAGAAUUUUGCUUAGUUUUUUAGGCUCAAUCUUUCCCGAUUCCGAAUUUUCUGGCUUGAAGUUUUUUUCUUAGCUGGAAGUUUCACAGGAACCUGCACUUGAUAAAUCAAAAAUGUUCUUGUAGAAUGUUUAGAAAAUCAAUCAAAUGAGAAUUUAAAUCGGUUUCCUUGUAAGAACUGAGAAAUCACAAGCAAAUUUUUCAAAUUCCUGCUCAAGAAUUUUUCGAACGGCGAAGAAGCGCAGUGUUUCAAAAGGUAGCAAUUUGCGAGGAGACAACCCGCGUUUUGUCCUUUUCGAGUCGUUUUGCCGCUUUUUUGGAGAGACCUCGUCUGCCUGAUGGGCUCGACUAUAGUGUGAUUUUUUAGUCGUUUUCUCCUCUCAAUUCCUCCAAAUUAGGGUUUUGAUUUCCAUGUGUUUUCCUUGAAAAGGUUGCCUUGUUCAGAGCGGGAAAGGAUAAAAAAGUAUUAUUGAAGUGCUUUUUGAAGUAUCUGAAAAAGUUUCUGUAAAAUCAUAAUAUUUUCCAAAUUUUUGGCGAAGGGUUCUUAGAAGUGAAAGUGUGCCGUCAGACACAUCUGCUCGAAAUUUCUGAAAACAUGCAAGAAAGUUGAACAAAAUAAGUCCGCGAGGGCAUCAGGAGGCAGGUGCUCAGCUUGUUUUCCAAAUAACCGCACAUUUCUCUGUUUUAAUAGUCCAAUAUAGGCAAGCCCCCUUCUUGGAAAAAAAAAAACAGAAAGAAAGAUUUAUAAGUCAUACUUUCAGGGUAGGUGGGCUUUCCAUCUUUAAGUCACUGGGAAGUACUAGAAGGAAACUAUUCCGUUUGAAACUUUGGUCUCAAAAACAUCAAUUUUUUGCUCCUCGCCAAUUCCAUGGGCAUAAAAUUCCAGUGGCUUUCAAGUGGCUGACGCAGGACGAAGAUGAGUUUCGAAUUACGCAAUUGAUGCCAGGUCGAAUGCCAUAGGCCUCAAGUUUGAGUCCUUUUGCGGUCUCGAAUGGCAGGAAAUUGCCCCGGCGAAACUAACUAAUGAACUUCUUGGAGCUCUUGGGAAGAGCAAUCGACUUGAACACACUGAAAAGAAUUCGAAAUGAAGAACGGCUUCAAGAAAGAGAUUUCCAUAUUGGUCCACAAUUCAAAGAACACUUCUCGGGUAAUCCCCUCUUCCUCCCGUCAAACCUCGAACUUUUCGCUCCUUUAUAACUUUUGAAAUGCACAAAGUCGUUCUUUAUAUAAGACUUCUUUCAUAUCAGCAAGCCAUACAAGGAACGACUUUUGCGGUUUCCGAUCUUUAAGGGUUUCUCCUGAAGACACGGGGUCUUCUAAAUGUCAAAAAGGCUUGAAUCGAAUUAGGGCGUUUGGUGAUAUUUUAGGCAAACAUUCUGCAAGUCGUCCCAUGCAGGCAAAGUAAUAAGACUCGAGGAUAUUUGGUUUUUAGGUGUUUAAUCAAUUAGGUGGUGAAAUGAGCCAUUCAAAACGGCAGAUAAAAGGAGGUCCAAGCUUGAAGCCGGCGAAAAGUUAAAAGUCUGAUUCCGUGGUCCUUCGUCUCGUUUUCCCCACAUAGUUUCAGCUAUUAGUGUCGCCUUGAAAAUUUCAACGUGGGAAGUGGUAAAGCCCGAGUUUGGAAAAACUUGAUAUGGGAGGAAUGAAGAAUGAAAAAAAGGCUGAAGAAAUGUAUUUGGUGAGAGUUGCAUAGAUGUCUUCAGGGUUUUCGGGCUUUUUCCAAACAACACAUCAGAAAAACUUUAAAUAUAGUCUGUCCGCCGCGACUUGACUUUUUUCGCGUGUCUGCGUCUUUCAGCUCUCUCCCCGACGAGGUCAGAGAAACAUGAAAAUAGCACGAAAACAUGAGAGGGGCGCCGAGAGAUAAGGAGAGCGCAGAAAAGUCCUCUCAAGUCGCGAAAAACGGACUAUAAUUUGUCAUUAGUACAUAAAUUCAAUCCCACACGCAACUCCAGACAGUUAAAAAAAGUAGAAAAUAAAGAAGAAAGGUAAUCAAAGAAAAAACUGUUUUGCGCCACCAAUUGAACCUCGACAAAUUUUCAUCAAAAUAACUAAUUUUUAAAUAAGGCUACGGUUUCAGAGGGCGGGCGUGAUUCACAAGAACACUUGCGCGAUGCUGGCGACCAUCUCCGCCUGUUUCGCAGUCAACGCUUCCGCCGGCCUUCUCUAUAACAUCUACUUCUUCUUUCUCGGCAUCGGCGGCUUUCCCAAGGUCCCAUCGCACAGGUUCGUCUAUUUUCCAUACUGACCGCAAAGAGCUUUUCUAAUAUUUCUCGAAGGAAAAAAUGUUCCUUCUAAAUAAAGCGUUUUUCAAAGUGUCCAUUUGAUUGACGUCUCAAGAGUGCCCCAUGCAGCACCCAUAUUGGCACAUGAGAGAAAACGUAUAAAAGCUGACUGGAACCUCUGUCUAACGGAAACUUCUCAUCCUUUUUCGACCCCAGAGCAAGCUUGUGCGAGGGCCGGCCCGGGCCACUUUCUAAGCCCGGCCCGGCCUUAGCGGGACCUCAAGCGAAAAUGGCCGGUCCGGCUCAAAAAUCUCAAAUUUUCUUCAAGUCGACUAUCAAGCUUUUUAAGACAAAAAUCAUGUUUCUGCUUAUUUUUUCACGUAGAGUUCAACAGAAACUAUGAUUCAACGAAUAAAAAUAAAUUUUCGGUGAAAAUGUUUUCAAUGAAAUCUAAAAUUCUUUUCGAAGCCUGGUCUGGCCAAAGCCUGCGCAGACUUUUUCUCAAAAUGAGGCCCAAGGUCCGACCUGACGCACAAGCUGAUUCACGGCUGACUUGAGACAUCGAGAAAAGGGUCCUGACACGAUAAUGUAAGAGAAAGUGCCUGGUUGGUGGAGAGCGCAGACACGCCACGCCCCCUUAGCGUCCCAAGUUAGCUGUGAAUCGGCUAUACCUCAGAGUAGGCUUCUAAAAAACGCUCUCAGCAAUUAGCCCCCAAGUGUUGUGCCAUUUCGAAAAGGGCGACAAAAAACGGGCUAGAUUGGAAUUCAAAUUUGAUUUCUGGGGGCGUCCGAAAAAUCGAAUUCGUCGUUCAAAUGCGCUUCUUGCCAAACAAUUUGAUGGCAGACUUGACCAAAGACCUUUUGAAGCAUUCAUGAAGACCUUCUAAGGGGCAGGGGAGAAAAAAGGUUGCGAAAAAGGAUCCCACGAGACAUUGAUACUUCAGUACCCACGCGCUACGCCAAGGAGUGAAGAGAGCUAUUAAAUAACUCAUGAAUUUCCGGUCGCAACGUUCGGAGAACAACCUCCUUUGUUGCGAAAACUCUUUUUUCUUCCCUCUGGCCUCGUGACCAGAAGCUCGGGCAACGUCAGAAUUGUUUUCCACGAACGGAGUAAAACUUUUCCAGCGAAAAUCGAAAACAUUUGCUUGUGGAAAAAAGAAGCUAGUCUCAUCCUACUGCUUUUUCAAAAAGGUAGUGAUCAAGUCGAAAAAAGGAAAUUUUUUCUGCUUUUCCUUCACAUUAUGUGUGAGAAACAACAGUAAACGCAGUCCAAAAUUAGAGAAUCCCAUUCCUUUUGCACAUUCUUUUGCAAAUUUUUCUUUUUAUUUUUCGACUUUUUUCGACGAGUUUACUCAAAUAUCUCCUACAGUAUGGUAUUAAAAAGGAAGAAAAUUUCGGUUUGAAGUUUGAAACUUUCAUGAAUUUUCAAAAUGUUCUGAAAGUCUAGGUGAAGAUUUCUCAGUUUAAUUUCGCUAAAACUUAUUUUUAACAUUAUGAUGUUCAAAAAAUUAUCGUCUUUAACUAGUCAUUAUGGUAAUAAGCAGCACCUUUGAGAAUUCGAACUGAGAAAAAUCAGGGUUGAUGAAGUUACAGACUAUCACAAAGCCCAUCUUUCAGUAGAUUAAUGAUUUCCCCAGAAAAUUCGCCGAUAUUUCCGAGCUACCUUGAAAUCUUCAUGCGAUAGUGAUAGUCUGGAACUUAUUGGUAGGAAAGCGUUUAUACCAGUUACAAGAAGAAGAAGAAUAAUUACAGCGGAUGGUGUUCUCUGAUCAAUUCGCUGAUGGUUCCGUGGGAUGCGGCGACGUGUCUUCUGAUGGUCGGAGUCGGCGCCGAGAGGCUUAUCGCCACCAAGAAGCACGUGCCCAGCGGCACAAUAUCCUGCUACGUCAAGGUUAGCCAUUUUAUGGUUCAGAUCACACAAAAUAAGUCGAUUAAUAAGAAUGAAUAUGAGAAAAAAACAGUUUUUUUUCCAGGAGUAACUUUGGUUUUUUAUCUUUAAUUUUGUAGAAACAUAUUAUGCUUGACCUUUUUAGAAUAAUAACUUUUCGAGACAAUUUUGAUUCUUCUUUUUUUUUUUGCAAGCCUUGAAAACUUGAGAAAGGUGUGAUGGACAGGCAAAAAAACCUAUAGUCCGAGUUAGAACUAAAUAAGGAGUGAGUCCGAUUUCAGUUAUUAACCCAGAUAAAAGGUUUCUUUUUUGUUGAAGUGAACAAUUAUUGCUCUUAAUGUGGUUGAAACAAAGCCUUUUAAGUAUUUUUUUUUUUGACAGUUCGAUUAGAGUUGAUAUAUUGAAUAUAUGUACAUUGUUUUCCCUUCUGCCCCUCAGACAACGUUUUCAGGUGAUUUUCGUGAUGGCCGCCUCGGCCGCGGUAUUUGUCACCAUCAACUACGUAAUGAACUUGACGUGAGUCGGUCGCCAUCGCGACGUCUUCUAUCCUGGAUCUCAGGGAGAAGGGCGUCUGCAUCUGCGACGGGGCGUCGUUGUCUGAACGCUGGGCGAUGUUGGUGCGGAUCUGCGUGUGCGCCUUCGUCGAGGCCGGCACCAUCAGCCUCUUCGGCUACGUCCACAUUUUGUCUCGGAACGAAGCCGACGGCCUCGGCAUCAAUACCGCCAAAUACUCGCUCAGCAAGCGUUUUCAAGUACUUUUUUUAUUUCAAUGUUGCCUAUAUUUUUCUCACGACACUCCGUUGAUAAGCCUCCGAACUGAGUAAAAAGUACAUAGGACGAAAGAGGAAGGUUUUUUGUAUGUUUUCACCAAUUUUCCUCUCAUAGGAUGGAAUAUUGCUUUUUUACGGGAUUUUCUAAUACAGAUUAAAAAUAUCGAAGCCAACAUUUUGAACAGCGACGGGGCUUUACGGUCUCUAUAUAGAAGUUUAUCAAAGGCAGUUAUAGAUUCAAGGCUGGCUUGAGCCAUCGAAAAAUGGUCCUGACACGAUAAUGUAAGAGAUAGCUCCUGGCUCGUGGAGAGCGCAGACAGGACACGCCCCCUUAGCGUCCCAAGCUGGCCGUGAAUCAGCUAUACCUAGGGACCGCAAAGCCACGCCCCUUUUCGCGAUAGAAAAAGUGGCUUUUUUUUGGUUUUCAACUUUCAUUUUGUUGUAGUUGCAAAAUAUGUGGAACUGGCGAAUAAAAUUUGACACACAUGUACAGAAAAAGCUUCCUCUUUCGUUUAAAAAAAUAUUUCACGCUUUUUUUGAUGCGUUCUCGCGGAAUGUCGUACAAAAAAACGUGAAUGGAACUAAAAAAAUUUUGUCAUUUUUUUGCUUUUUUUCAUGUGUUUUUCAGGUCGAACGCACUCUUUCUUUUUUUAAAUAAUGAUUUUGAUUCAAGUAACGAAAAUUUUAAAACAAUAAAAAUAAAAAAAUUCGUCUUUGCCAAAAAAAUUUUUAGGGAGCGCCGAAACUCAUAAUUCAAAAAUAUCGUUAAUAAGCGAAUAUAAUCAAGUUUUUUUGUUUUUUUAAAAAAAUUUAGAUCAUGGCCUUACUUAAAUUUUUUUCUUCACAGCAUAUGUACUUGAAAAAAAGUUUUUGUGAUACGCAAAAAAAUGCUCUUGAAACUAGAGAAUAAAAUUAGCGGCGUUUAUCACACAGAAAGCGGCCGAACGCAGGUUUUUUUAAACGAUUAUAUACAUUUAUUAGUGAAAAAAAUCUUUCAAUUAAAAAGAAUAAAAAUAAAAAAAUUCGUCUUUGCCAAAAAAAUUUACGGGGCCGUUUUAAGGCAGCGAUCGUUAAACGAGGAAAAAAAGCACUAAAAAAACAGUUUUUUUCGAAGUGAAUUUUUCACGGAAAGUUUGAGUAAAGAUUUGCGAACAUAUUCUGAUAAAAAAAUAGCUGAAUUACUUCAAGUUUUUUUAUUUUUUUGAAAUAGGCAAUCUGUGCUAUCUAAACGGCUCAAGGGUAAGGCGGAUGGAAGCUCCCCUUGCUAGACCUAGCAGCUUGGCGCAGCGCGUGCGCUGCGAUUUUUUUCAUUUUGAGGUCGCGAGUUCGAUGCCCGCAAGCGUCAGUUUUUUUGUUUUCUGGAAAAAUACCGACUUUUUUUCGGCAAACUAGCUGAUGAGCAUCAUUUUAGCACUCUAUUAUGAUUUGUUACAUCAUAAUAGACCAGUAUCAAAACUUGUUCUAGAAGAAAAAUCGAGAAAAAUGUCAAAAAUGGAUAAUACCAAAAUUUCAGUACUAAAAAAAUGGUGCGCGGCGCGCCACAUUUUUUUCGUCAUAACUUUUUUUCAUCCUCAAUCUUUUUCGAAAAAAACUAAACGGUUCUGAGUUUUUGAAUCGAAACAGCUAUCAAACCAUACAAAGCUCAAUGCUGAAAAAAAUUUUUUUGAAAAAAUUGGUCUGCGGUCCCUAGCUAUACCUUUUUUUUUUACAUCCGAUCAGUUUAAAAACUUCAAAAAACCAGUUCUUAAUUUUUCUUUUCACAUGAUUCUUUGUGCUUUAUGGCUCUAAGCAUACACUUCCCUAGUCACAUCCACUCCUCAAAAAGAAAAAAAUAUGAAUUUUACAGAUCUACGAAACGUACCGAACCACGCAGAUGCUUCUGCCGUCAGCAGUUCUUCACGCAGUUCUCUACCUCUCUUACUUAUGUCUUUUGAUUCCAAUAAGAGACUUGAGGUUCGAAGACGUCUAUACAACGUCAAAAGAGAGCCCUUACAGAGCAGAGCCAGGCCUCACACUUCUACAGUUCAAUCUUUCGACUAUAAUAUUCGCCUUUCCAUCUAUGCAUGCAAUGGCCCAUCCAGUUGUGAGUUUUCGCUCCGUCAUUUUGAUCAUCAAAUUUAAACAGUCCGAACAAGUCCAAAUGGGUUAAGAUUUGCCUUUCACGCCACUACUACCUGCGACAACGGGUGAGCGACAUGCUCGGCGAGUGGGUGCCGCGAAAAAUUUCGCGGAAAGUGCGCGUCGAAGCCGACGAAUGCAGUCGUCUUCAUCACGCGACGCCCGAGCUCAGCAGCAGCCAUAGGUAGUUUCUUUGUCACGAACUUGACCGACUUUCAAAGCAUUUUUUCCCAAAAAUUAACAAAAUUGCAGUUUUCGGUCUGAUUGUGGUCGCGUCGACUUCAGGAUAGCCCCAGAGAAACACGCCGAAAUCCUUGAGUCGUUUUGGGAGCACAAACGGUCAUGA